AAGUAGUUUAUUAAUGUAUUUCCCUCAAACAAUAAUGAAGAAAAAGUGGGAAGCCAAAGUGUCCACAACCUUACUAAGCAGUAAAUCACACCAAAUUUGGCCACUUUUGAAGGAUUUCUUCAACAUCCACAAAUAUUUCAGUAGCCUUUCCAACUCAAAUGGCAUCCAUGGCACUAAUGGUGAGGUUGGUUGUAUCAGAUUAUGCAUUGGCUCUUCUAUCCCACCAACAAAGGGUUGUGAUCCAAAGAUCAACGGUGGAGAGGUGGUUAGCUGGUCAAAGGAGAGACUAAUAGCCGUUGAUGAAGUCAACAUGAGAUUAAGCUAUGAGAUUGUGGACUCAAACAUUGGAUUCACUUCAUAUGUAUCAACGGUCAAGAUUAUCCAAGGAGGUGACGAAGGGUGUGUGAUUGAGUGGUCAUUCACCGUUGAUCCAGUUCAAGGGCUGAGAUUUGAGGAUUUGGUGAAGAAAUAUGAAUCGGGUUUGCACCGGAUGGCUAAGACAAUGGAAGAUUCUCUUGAAAAUCCUUAAGAAAAUUAUGCACAUUAUCUUUUAUUUUUGUGAAAUCUUUGUCAAUAAUUGUAUUGGAGUCAAUAUCUUUUCAUUUGUUUCCUUAUUUUAUUAUUUUGGUGAAAUCAUAUACUCGGCCUUCUUAUCGACAACUUAACGAUGUCUUGAUAUAGUGGUUAAAACCGAGGGUACAUGUAAAAUAAGAUUUACAGUAAAACUGAUCUUGUAGGUUAACGCAUUUUUAUGGUAAAGUCUUAAAAAGUCGAUACCCAAGACCUUA